AUGUUUGCCAGCCGCUUUCAGAUGCUCUCAAGCUCCUGCCUCAAGUUCGACUGCUUUGCUCUGUUUGGUGCCAUGGCUUCCCGUCAGACGCCCACUCCUGCCGAAGCCACUGCCGCCGCGGUUGCAGCCGCCCAAUCCCAAGUGCCGCCUGCCACCGGCCCCUUUGACCAGGACUCCGCUGAUGCCCGUGCUGAUGAGCAAGCUCGCAGAUCCGCCCGCCACGCUGAGCUCGUCCGAGCCUGGCGCGCUGUCUGCGAGCCCGAGCACGAGGAAUCCGCCCUCGCCCUUUCCUCACUGGAUGUGCAGUCUGUUUGCUUUGUGUCGGACGUGUGCCAUGAUGUCCUCAUGGACAGGCUCUUUCACCUGCCCACCGACAUCUUGUCCCGCAUGCAGCCCUCCGGCCGCCGCAUUACCCGCACCCUCAGGUCUGCCCGCUGGGCUGAUGCCACGUCCUCCGAAGAUGAUGCCGCCCAGCCGCCCCCAAGUUGA